AUGGAUGCCGACGCCGGUGAAGCUCAAUUCCGGCAACAAACUCUCGGAGAGAUGGAUGACAAACACCACGAUCCAAAACCAGAUUCUGCUUCCGACGGACCUGCCACCUCCGGAAACACCAGCGGAGCUAGAUACAAGCUGAUGUCCCCGGCGAAGCUCCCGAUCUCUAGGUCACCGAUUUUAACUAUUCCUCCAGGACUAAGUCCGACUUCCUUUCUAGAAUCACCCGUUCUACUCUCAAACAUGAAGGUAGAACCGUCACCUACAACAGGUUCCCUUCCUAGGCUUCAACAAACAUCGCAUGGUUUUAUGACUUCUUUCACGUCUGCUGCGUUUCCUGUAACCACUGUAUGCUACAAUACUAAUGCUGUUGAUGACGGAAAAUCCAGCUUCUUUGAGUUUAAACCGCACAAUAGAUCAAAUAUGGUUCCUGCUAACUUUGACAACCAUGCAUGUGAAAAAUCUACUCAAAUUGACGGUCAAGGAAAGGUUCAAACUUUUGUCUCGUUACCGUUAGUCAAAAGUGAAAUGGCAGUCCCUUCAGAUGAAAUAAGUCUAUCAUCAUCGCCUCUUCAAAUGGUUACUUCAGGGGCUAGUGCUCAUGUUGAAGUCGAGUUGGACGAAUCAAACCCCAGUGGCAACAUAGGAACCGGGCUUCAAGCAUCACAAGUUGAUGGUAGAGGCAGUGGACUUUCAGUUGCUGCUGACAAGGUGUCUGAUGACGGAUACAAUUGGCGAAAAUAUGGGCAGAAGCUUGUUAAAGGAUGUGAAUUUCCGCGCAGUUAUUACAAAUGCACACAUCCUAACUGUGAAGUAAAGAAACUCUUUGAACGCUCUCAUGAUGGCCAAAUCACUGAGAUAGUUUACAAGGGAACACAUGAUCAUCCUAAACCUCAACCAAGCCGUCGAUACUCUGGGGGAAAUCUUAUGUCUGUGCAAGAAGAUAGAUCUUUGAUUAGCCGUGACGAUAAAGGCUUUAAUAAUUAUGGUCAGAUGUCUCAUGCAGCUGAGCGUGAUAGUACUCCAGAGCUAUCACCUAUAGCAACAAAUGAUGGUAGUCCAGAGGGUGCAGGGUUUUUGUCAAACCGGAAUAAUGAUGAGGCUGAUGAAGAUGAUCCUUUCUCAAAGCGAAGCAGAAAAAUGGAUCUUGACAUCACUCCUGUAGUUAAGCCUAUCCGGGAGCCACGGGUUGUUGUACAGACUCUGAGUGAGGUUGACAUAUUGGAUGAUGGUUAUCGCUGGCGUAAAUAUGGGCAGAAGGUGGUAAGAGGCAAUCCUAACCCUAGGAGUUAUUACAAAUGCACAAAUGCUGGUUGCCCGGUUAGAAAACACGUGGAGAGAGCAUCUCAUGAUCCAAAAGCUGUAAUUACCACAUACGAGGGUAAACACAAUCAUGAUGUACCAACUGCUAGGAAUAAUAGUCAUGACAUGGCAGGACCAUCAGCUGCAGGUGGUCAUCAGGCACGAAUUCGGCAAGAAGAAAGCGAUACUAUUAGCCUCGACCUUGGAAUGGGCAUUAGCCCAAACGCUGAAAAUAGAUCAAACAAUCAAGGGAGGAUGAUGAUGCGUAAUGAAUACGGCGACGGCCAAACUCACGCCGGCAAUUCAAGUUUCAAGUUUGUUCAUACUGCACCGCCUCCGGGAUACUAUGGUGUACUAAAUAACAACUCAAAUCCAUAUGGUUCUAGAGAAAAUCCAAGUGAUAGUUAUCCUUGCCCACAGAACAUGGGAAGAAUACUAAUGGGUCCUUAA